GUCAACAGUCUAGACUUGUUUUUUUGGUCGAAGGAGUGGUGAACAACUUCGCGGGAAAGAGGUUACAAUUGCGGGCUGAGCGUGUGGUGUCCCUAUAAUUAGUGACAUCGAAAUGAGGGGCAGGAGUCACAGCAGGAGCUAUAGCCCUCGCCAUGGAUGCAGUCCAAGGCGCGGUUAUAGUCCUCAGCGCGGUUAUAGCCCCCGCCGAAACCACAGUCCUCGGCGUGAUAGCCACAGUCCCUCCCAUCGCAGCUGUACUCCACCUCGCCGCAGGUAUACCUCUCCUCGUCGCAGCUACAGCCCUCGAAGGAGUGCCAGUCCAAGAAGGAAUGACAGGCGUGAUGAAUCGACGAGCUUGCUUGUGCGGAAUGUCUCCCGAGAUAUAAGGCCCGAAGAUCUCCGAAUUCCGUUUGAGCAUUUCGGACCCGUCAAGGACGUCUACCUGCCCAAGGACUACUAUACAGGGGAACCGCGGGGCUUUGGCUUUGUCCAGUUCAUGGAGCCAGAACAUGCGGUGGAUGCACAGUACCAUAUGGAUAAAAAGGUGGUUGGUGGCCGGGAAAUCACAGUUGUUUUUGCUGAGGAGAGCCGGAAGAAGCCUCAAGAAAUGCGCAAAAAGGAGAGAUCAAGGAGUUCUUUUCGAGGUUUCUUUGGACCAAUGGGUCGUCGCAGAUCACCUUACGGUUAUGGACCAUGGUCGAGGUCACGCUCACGCUCACGAUACUCACCAUCGCCUCCACCAAGACGUGUGAGGUACUCUCGUUCUAGCUCAUUGUUGCACUCACGCUCUCGAUCGCGCUCACCCAGAGCGUACCGGUAUUCGAGAUCGAAUUCCCGAAGUGUGUCACCUGCCCCCCGAAGGCAUCGACGUGAAGUUUCCCGGUCACCCACUGACUCUAGUUCUCCGCCGAGACGGGACUCGUACAAUGCUCGAAGAUAUAGCCGGCCAACCUCGCCGUUGCAGGGGCAUUAUCGGCACCGAUCGUCACAGUCGCGGUCUAUAUCUUCUCGUGCAAGGCAGUAUUCAGAAUCACCUUCUGGGAGAUAUGGGUCAGGACAUCCAAGAAGGGAGAAUGUGUCUGAGGAAGCAGAUGGAGGCAGAAGAAGGGUGUACAGCAGUGAUGGACGGAAUAGAAGAGAGCGAUCUCUGGAUGGAAGUUUGCAGGAGUCCUCUGAGCAGUGAACAGAGUUGUUAGCUCUGAAGAAUGAAGGCGUUUUUUUUCCGUUAACAAGUUUGCAGGAGUCCUCUCAGCCGUGAACAGAGUUAUUAAAGCUGAAGAAUGAAGGCAUCUCUGUGGACAAGGAAGUCGCUAUGCUCGUUCUGUCUCUCAAGGCAGCCAUGCAUUUCCUGUGAACCAACUGCCAGCUGCAGGGUUGUUUGAGGUGGUCUGUUUCGUUGUGAGCCCUGGGACAUCGAACAGUUUCCCUGAAAAGCAGAAAGCGGGAUUUCCAGAAACUCUGCUCUUCUUCGAAAAAAGUGCCAUGAGAGGGGACUGGAGACAGAGAGGCUGCAUCAUUCUCUGGUGCGGAAUAUCGUAGCGGUGUAGAGAACAUGCUGAAUCGGGACUGUGGUUGCUGUGCAAUACCGAGGUUGUUGAUAGGGUGAGUAUUGACGGAUGGAUCAUGGUAUGCCGAGGAGCCUACGUGUUUUGGGAUUUUUGGCAUUAUACUUCAUCAUAGGUUUUGGCUUGUGUGAUAGGGGUAGAGCUCUUGGUUGUUGCUUUAGAAGCUGCAUAGCGAGGCUUGUUGGAAAAAAGAGGACUGCAGGACACUUGAAGAAGAGGAGAGUGCCAUGUAGUCAGUGGUGCCUUGCUUGGCCUACCAUACGUAGAAAAUUGACGACCCCCUUAAGUUCCUCUGGAGAAGAAAAAAGCUUCUGAUUCAUUGUUAUGAGGGUUUGUCAAAGUGCUUCCUAAAAGAGAAGAGCUUGGCAAACUGCAGAAAGGGUUUCCCUUGGAGGAGACAAAAGUUCCGAUGUAUUGUUACGAGGAUUUGUAGAAGUGUGUCUACAAAGAAAGAAAUUGACACACUGAGAACUAUUGUGGUAUUUUGAGGAGUUAAUGAACGAGGCAGUGUGAGAAGGUAAUGAAGGCGGCGUUGUGUGUUCUGUGUUUGUGGAUGUGUGGCGUACCAUCGUUCUAAUAGGAGCAAUAUUUCUGAAGUCAUGUGUUGUUAGCAGUGAUAGUGAAUGUGAGUUGAAUUUGUCAAUCCUGCUCCAUCCUCGCCAGGUCGGGGAGGAAGCGUACACAUUCCGAAAGCCGGGAAUAUCUGCGAACGCAGCCGACGUGUGAAGUGUUGCACGUGCUAUGGAAUAGACUUUAUUGUGGCAAAUGUGGUGUACAGCUGUAAGUAAUGAAUGCAGAACAUUCUA